GCUCUUAGUAUUAACGGCUACAGUUUAAUUAACCAUAUUUUCUAUAUUUGACCACAGUGUUGAACACGUCCGUGCCCGUGCCCGUGCCCGUGCCCGUCCUUCGUCCCAUGGUGCCCCAUUUUGUUGGCCGCCAACAAGAAUGUGAACAUAACUCGCGUGCGUUGACGUCCACACCUGCUCGGCUAGUCUCUGUAUCUGGACCCCCUGGUUUUGGCAAAACUUCAUUGGCUAUUGCAGUAGGACACCAACUUGGACAGCUCGGACUACCAGUUUAUUUCCUUUCCUUGAGAAGCGUGAAGACAGCGGAAGAGCUGACCUCUGAGCUCUUAAACACCUUUGCACAUGCGUCGUCUGAUGUAAUGGGGCGAAAGCGUUCAAAACUAUUCACUAAAAACCUCACUGCAAUUCCUUCCAAUAUUUGUAUCAUUCUCGAUAACGCCGAUCACCUUUUUGAGAGUAGUGAAACGAGCCAAGAUGUUUUAGAGCUACUCAAAAAGAUUUUUUUUCAUUGCAAGAAUGUGUCCUUUUUAUUGACCACAAGAAGGAGUCUUGAAUCAGUGCUGGGAAGAGAAUUUGGCGAUCACAUGUCUGUCGGUGUCGCAUCGCUAAGCAGGAAAACGGCACAAAUGCUUGUUCAAGAACUUGUCCCUGCUGCUGAUGAAAGUGAAUGCUCGUCAACUGACGUCUUACCUAACCACCAAUCACCGUCUCUCUGUGCAUCAAAGUGGCAACAAAACCUGGCAUUCAACGGAAACCUCCCUUAUUCAUUCCACCGACUCUAUUCUAAAAGCAAUUGACCAGAAGAAAGUAACAGCAGUUAUUCUUUUGGACAUGAGCAAAGCUUUUGACAGCAUUAACCAUAAUAUACUGCUUGCUAAAUUGGAGGACGUUGGUGUCUCGUCUAGAUGCCUGGGUUGGUUUAAAAGUUACCUCAGCGAGAGAUACCAAGCAGUACGUAUCAACUCUACUCUAUCUGAGAAAUUGCCAGUUGUUAGCGGUGUCCCACAGGGAAGCAUUCUGGGCCCGUUACUUUUCAGUAUUUAUGUGAAUGAUUUGCCGUCAGUCGCCAAAAAUUGUUUAUCAGAAUCGUAUGUUGAUGACACCAAACUCCUUCUGUCCUUCCGAAUCGAUGACUCGAACAUUGCGCUGACUGAUCUAAACGAGGAUUUGAUUAGAAUGCGAAACUGGUGUUUUGAUAACCUGCUCUUGCUGAAUCCAUACAAAACUAAAUUGAUGGUCUACGGAAGCCGCCAAAUGCUCGCGAAGUUACCUGAUUUUAGACUUUCGCUACUUGGUAAGAAACUAACACCUGCUUCAUCAGUGAAAGAUCUCGGAGUUAAGUUUGAUCCAAUCCUCUCCUUCGACAAUCAUAUCCUUUCUACUGUUUCAUCCUGCAAGUCAAGUCUCUGCCAGAUAAAUCGCGCUAAGCAUGUCUUCCCUAAAAACCUUUUAAUAACUGUCACCAACGCCUUAGUAUUUAGCAAACUCUACUAUUGUUCCUCUCUUUGGUCAAAUACUUCCUGCAGCAACCUAUCCCAACUUCAAAGUGUCCAGAACUUCGCAGCACGAGUAGUGAGCAACAGAAGGAAAUUUGACCACAUCACCCCGAUACUUAAGGAACUGCGCUGGUUUCCCGUGAAGUCACAUCUGUACAGUCGCGAUGCUUUAUUAGCUUUCAAAUGCAUGAAUGAUUGUGCACCUGCCUACUUAUUGUCUCAGUUCAAAACGAGAGGUGAAGUGAGUGGUCGCGAUAGUAGAAAUACUAAACAGCUGGACGUUCCGUUAUACAGAUCAACUGCAGGACAAAGAUCAUUCCAUUACAGAACUGUCACUCUCUGGAACAACAUUAACCCUGACUUAAAACUUUGCAAAUCUAUUCCAAGCUUUAAAAUUAAACUGAAACGGGAACUGCUUCAGCAAUUUCUAGAUAGUCAGCCUAAGGGCAUGUUUUUGAUCGUUGAUGUUGUUGUUGUUGUUGUUGUUUUUGCUGUCGUUGUUGAUGAUGUUGAUGUGCGUUGUAUGCUGCUGUUGUUAAUCUUGUUGUCAAGAAUUUGAUGUUGUGUUUGUGUAUAAAGUAAUUACGUCAUCUUAUUAUAUGAAUUUAGGAUCUGAUGUAUAAUUAUAGUAAUUAAUUGAUAUGUAUAUAUAUUUUUGUCACUGAAAAGCCCCUUUAGGGGAGUGUCAAUAAAGUCAAUAACAAUAACAAUAACCCGAUUAAGUGACCAUAAAUUAAUAUCAGAAUUUCUGGUAGAGAACAUGCAUGAUAUAAUUGCCCACUUAUUUCAGCCAGUGCAAUUCAGUCAUAUUUUACCCUGUCUUUCAAUAAUACUAGAAAAUUAAAUAAAUUGAACUUUUUGACAUUGUUAUAAUUACAUACGACUUUAU